AAAAUAUCAAGUGAAGAUGAUAUUUGAAAUUUUUGUUUUCAUUAUACCAUUCUAUUUAAAUCAGAGACGAGAAAGAAAUGCCCCUAAAAACAUUAUUUGUCUUUUAUGGGCUUUAAUCAAUUUUGUUGUGUUUAUCUCAGUAACGGCCAUUGCAAGAACUUGGAUUUUCUCAAACACAGGAAAGCUCACCACAAAUAUAGGGAUAUGGAGAACAAGCAUAACAAAUGAGGAGACAGGUGAAAUUUGCUACAGAGAUAAUGUCCAUAUAUCUAAAAACGAAUAUCAUUGGGCAACAGCAGGAUUCCAUGUGACUUCAAUUGUUAUCCUAUUUGUGAUAGUCAUGUUGGCAUUCAUAAAUCUGAUAAAGGACAGCAAACUCAUCUUGGAAAUUAUUUUUUACCUUUGUAUUUUGCACAUUACACUGAGCGCUCUUUCAACGGCAAUAUUUUUCACUGGAAUAAAGGAAGACACUCAAACAAAGGAUUAUCAUGUUGGCGCAUCAUUUAUUAAGCGGUGCAUGUGA